GUUCUAUUUUGCAGAGAAUUAAGAAGAUAUAGGAGGAGAGGAGAGCAGCGGAUUGAUAGUUCAUCCCUCAACAAAGUCUUGACGGGGAGGAGAAAGGAUUUAAAGUGAGAAUCAGUUGAUGAGAGGUUAAGCUUGCAUGAAUGGAUAAUUCCAGGGAAGCUCGAAGAUCAUCAUCAUCAUCAACCACCAUGGGUGCUGCUUCAAAUGGUGUUACAAAACGGAGACAACGAUUCUCAGAGAGUAGUCGUGGGGAGGAGGUGAGGGAUAGAGCGGAGAAGAAAGAGCGAGAUCCGGAGUCGGUGAAUCGGAGUAAGAGGAGACGGAGUGAAAGGUUCACGCGGAGAGAUGUUGAAGAAGAAGGAGAUAGCUCGGAUGAUGAGAGUAUGGGAGAGGAGGAGGAGGAGGACGUAAAGCAUAGUAAUGAAAGGAAGAGGUUGCCGUCGUCAAGUCGUAUCGCCGAUGGAAUGAUCGGCGUACCUGUCCCGAGAAAGGCUCGUUCAGCAUGUAUAAAGAGGUCGCACGACUGCUGUACAUCGUCGGGAAGCGGUGGUGGUGGUGGUGGUGGAGGAUUCGGAGAAGAGCGCCGAGGAUCUCCGGGCUUCGAAGUUGCCUCACCGGAUCCUUCAACUGUUUCCGUCAAGCAGAAGAAGAAGAAUGUAAACGGAACCAAAUCUGGGAUACCGAAGCCACCGAAAUCCUCCGGUGCGAUGGAGAUGGAGGACGACUUGGAGUUUGAAAUUGCUGAGGUUCUAUCCGGACUCAAGCAACAACUUCCUCACCGCUCAAAGAUACUAGACGAUUUGGAGAAUCCCCUUAGAUCAUCGGAGGAGGUUAAAGGUGCUGAUGAUUCUUCCCAAGGUUGUAAUGCGGGGAGUAUCGAAGCUGAGCACUCAGCCAACAUUGAUAAGUCCACUAACGGAACGUCGUCUCCAGUCCCCGUUAUUCACAAGGAGAAACAAGUAAGGCAAGAAACACCCAGCGUAUUGGAUGGCGAACAGAGCCAAGAUUCUGACGCGUCAAAAGGCAGGGUAUUGGAGGGUCCACAACUGGAAAACUGUAGAGAUGAGAGUAAUUGUGCUAGUAAGCUCCAGAUUGAUCUCAUGGUUCCUCCAACAACAGUUGCUUCCUCACCAGAAAGACUUUCUCUUCUUCCGUUGGCCUCUCAUUCUAUUGCUUCUAAAGAUUAUCCCAAGAUGCAACAAGAUAGUUCUGUAAAGAACAAAGAGAAGAUUGUUGUCGAGAAACGUGAAUGCUUGAAUCUUGAUCUAGAGAGACUGAGCCAAGAGACCACUGGCAGAGACUCUAGCCUUAGAUUACAUAAUGUCGGUUGGACCCAACCUCAGCAGUCUAAAUUAGUUCAGCAGAGCUCAGUCUUACCUUUGACUGUAGCUGUAGGAGGCUUGCCUAGUGGCCUUCCUCAUCAGGGAUAUAUACCACUGAUGCAGAAGGGUAAACCUGUGGAUGGUGAAUCUUAUACAUGUGUGCAGGGUGUUUCAUUUUCUGCUUUUCAGCCUAGGCCUAAAAGGUGCGCCACACAUUUUUUUAUUGCCCGGAACAUUCAGCUACAUCAGCACUUUGUCAAAUCAAACCAUCUUCCUCAGCCAAACAAAGAUUCUGUAUAUCUAAAAGGUGGUGACUUGAGGCUAACCGCUGGAAACCCAUCCUUGGUAGGAAGCCCUCCUAUUCUCAGUUUAAACUCACAGGAGGCACAAGAUAGAUUCGUGGUUAAAGCCUCUGAAAGUGGUCAUUUUGCUUCAACCAGACAGAAAAAAACUCAACUACCCUCUGCAUCUAGUAGUAUAGUGCCUGCUCAAGCUUUCAUCUUCCCAACAAACCACCAUCUGCAACCGAUCAUUUUACCUUCGAAGUCAUCUCGUCCAACAAAUAAUAAUCCAAGUGUGGCUGUUGGUACAGCUUCUGUUAAUUUUAACCAUCCAAGUUCAUCAGCCUGCGAAGCUUCUUCCCCAUACUGUACAGUUCUUCCAAACAAUGCAUAUUCCUUUCAACUGUCUUCAACCAUCAGAGGUGGGACUCCAAGCCAAGCGUUGCCUUGCUUCAAUGGGUCCUUUUAUUCGCCGCAGAUGUUCCAACCUUCCCAGCUUCUGCAGAAUCAGACUCAAGGCCAGAGAGAGACAAAGGCAGCAAGCUGCUCCUCGUCAUCCCAUAGGAAACUGCAACCGCAAGUUAGUGUGAAUAGCGUUUCAAGCCAAGCCAAUGUUCAGAAACACCGUCAACAGUCUGAGUCCAAGUCUGCUGCUGGAGAUAACUCAGAUUCAAGGGGUAGCCACACUCAUAAAGGAGGGCCAUAUGGCCAGAUCAUGACUGCUCCUAUGCAGCCACAAAACUUUUCCAUGUCAUUUGCCUCUUUCGCGGGUGGUUCUGCCCCUGCAAAUCUGAAUUUCUCUACCAAUGGCUACCAGUACGUAUCUGCAGCUCCCUUUGCUCACCAGAAAAACCUUCAGGCAAGUGACUCAAAGACGCGAGGUCGAAGCUGUUCAAGUCAUGCCGAGGACCCGAAAAAGACUCUUACCGAGAGGACUCCAGCUAUGAAUGGACAGACGCUGGUUUUUGACAAUCCAUCGAGAACCCUCAACUUUGUUUCUGGUACUUGGCCUCCUCCUGCAGCAACAACGAUGAGUGGAGAUCCUUCAGUGUUUACCCAUCAUCUUACGCAGAGGCAGCAGCAAUCUGGUCGGAGUAAAAUGAUGACUCAAUCUCAGGCUCACUCAGUUACCAACACUUCAUCCCAGCGGAAAAAUCCUGUAGCCUCAUCUCUCACGUCGUGCAAUUCCUUAAACCUCAAGCAGUUCAAGUCUCAGCAGCAGAUAAGAACACACGGACAGACUCAGAUUUCUUUUGAAGCACCAUCGAAGUCGCAACAGGGAAGAUCUGGUGGUGGUGGCUCUUUCUCUGCAGUCACAGGGUCUGCUCCACAUGAAAAAUCAGGAAACCCUAAGGUCAACAACAGCAAAGCCUUGCCGUUAUCACCUGUUCUUUCUUCAGCUGCACACGCACAGGACCAGGCAGAGAAUCCAGCUUCUGGAUCGACGCAAAAAAAUUCUCCAGUUUGUGGGAGGAACGUGCCACCGAUCAUAACUUCUUGCCCUGGUCACCUUUCCGAGCUAAAGUACUAGUUUCAUCGAAGCUGGACGUAUGAAGUGGCCAUUUUUGCAGUGUCUAGCUUCUGAAUUAAGCUAAUGGUAGGUGUUUGUUCGCAAUAUUAUAAUUAUUGAAUAAUAAUUGGAAUUAUUAAAGCUUAACUUUAAAUUUAUAAACAAAAAUUUCAUAUUUAUUUUUUAAAAGAGCAGUGAGAUUUAAGAUAAUUCAACAAUAUAAAUUUACGUCA